CUCACAUCGUACAUUGAUCGACAUUUCGCCUUCGAAAGCUGCAAUAAUGGUGACCUCCACUCCAGAGAAGACUCUUGACGCUUUGUUCCCGUUGCCAAAACCACCCACGGUAGUAGGUCUUGCACCUACGCAAUUCCCUGGUUUCUCUUCCGAUUCUGCAAAGUCGCUUGUCAAACUGUUGAAAGAAAAUCAUGACCGCUAUCACAUUUUCUUUAACGAGAUGGGUUUCCAUAACCAUUUGACGCAUCACUUAUAUGCUAUUUAUACACUGGGUGCUCCUCCGAAGGUUUUGGAGGCAGCGUUCGAAGCGAACGCAAAUUACCAGAGAAAUGCAAUCGAACCUCCUAACGAAAUUACGGAAUCGAACUGGAUGGAAUAUUUCAACGAUGAGAGAUACUUUCGAGCAUACGUCGCAUUCUUCACUAAGGCUAUGAUGAGUUCGAGCGUAGAUGCAGUGCUCGAUAAAUACGUCUUUGCAACAAGUGCGAACUGGGUCAAUAGUAUUACGGAUGACAAGAAGCAGCCCCAGAUGGUCAACCGGUUCGUGUCUGGAGUCUUCCAUCCAUACAUCCAUGUUGGGUAUGGCCUCGAGUUUGAUUCACCUGGUAUGAUCGCGGAAGGUUUGGCCAUGGCUUGUGUCCAGAGGGGUAGCGACGUUGAUGCUUUACUGCCAAGAUCUCUGUUUACUUCCGACUCACUCACAUCACGCUUGUCAUCCGCACUGACAUUAUCCGGAAAGCCCGCUGGAAUCCACUCCUUUUCUAUUAUUGCAAAGAUGUUGAAGGACCCAGAGCUCGCGCCUGGAUCUGCCUGCACGAUACCCAGAAAGAGGGGUAACGAGUCCGAGAUGGAGUAUAGGAGGAACGUAAGGGUGUUCCCAAUGAUGGAAGUGCUUGGUAGACGAGGAGACCUCAUCAGGAAGUACGCCGAGCAAUGGGCUGUCAACACGAACGACAAGGCCGAAGUGAAGGCAAAAGUCGUGGAGCUGUUUUACCUUGUGACCCUCUUGUAUGGGGUAGCUGGUUUGCAAGAGGGUAAAGAAUAUCAAGCUGAUUUCUUUACGAUGCACCUUGUUACUUCGUCGCUAUUCUUGCCGAUGUUCAUUGAGCAUCUAUCUCCUCAAGCUCAGGCAAUUCUUUUCCGUUCGUUCUUGGCAUCUGCUCUUACUGUUUGGGUGGCCCGAGGACGUCCGGCGAUUCCCAUCGCGAGCUUCUACUCGCGCACUUCUCCCACCUUGACUGCUCCGGGACCGAAGCUCUCACCUGAUAAAGAGACACUUGUAAAGGAUGUCCUGACGCCGAAUGCAUGGUUCGCCCUUCUUCAAAGCACGAUCUUGCAUCCGAAUGAGCACCUUCCGAAGCUUCAGCGCGCUUUUGCUCAGUACGCCCAACAAUACGGCGACAGCCCGGCUGGAAUUUGGAAGGGAACUGAGCUUGAAGGUGCAGAACUUCUGGAUGGAACAGUGUUCGUGAGAGUUGCCGGGUUGACGAUGGAUCGGCUUGGGUGGGUGAGGGAAGGUCAAGCGAAGGGUGACUGGGACACUUUAGGAGUCUGGGAGUAAAUCGCAAUUGCCCAGAUCAAAUCCGAAAUAAUAUAUGCGCAGCCCAUGAACUGUACUAUGUAUUUAUCGAAACAAGAGAAUCGAUUCGUCCCAUCAAGCCUCGGCUAUAUGCCUUGGUACGGAGACAUUUCGUUUGACUGCUGCAAAUGUAAUCUUUUAAC